AUGCAGACCAUCCAGACCGUAGAGACCCAGUUCCCCAUGUUGCGGGAGAUCGUCCACCCGUCUCCCUUCAUCCAGCUGGACAGAGAGAGGAGAAAGAGCAGCAUCACCAGCCUCCUCAGAAAACAACAACAGCGCAAACAACUAUCUGUAGACUCGGCUCAGAAGCCGCAGAAGGGUCCGGCCGAACACCCUCGACUGACCCGGUCAUCCAGCAGCCCGGGAUGCGAGGCCGUGAACCUAGUGGUCGCUCGUGCAGAAGAGACAAAGCCCGAGAGAGAGGGAAUGAAAGAAGCAAAGCUAUCACCGUGCAUGUCUUCGGUUGUGGCGACACAGCUUGCAUCACCGCAACAGCUGCGCCCGGCGACAAUUACGGCGAGGGAGGGAUUAGCAGAGAAAGCAGGGGGUGAGCGAGGCAGGGAGGGAAAGAUAGAACAGCAGCAAAGCCAGACCGAGCCAGAGAGUCAUGGCUUAAUCGCAGAGAAGGUUCACCUGCAGAGCAACAUGGGUAACCAGGAGGCCAAGCGUCUCUUGGAUGGGCUCGGCUCCGAUCGGAAAGAUCCUGGGAGCAACAGGAAGGUUAAGAAGUCCAAGACGACCACCAAGAGCUCCAAAACUUCCAUCUUGGGGCUGAUCCAGAAGGUGGCUUCCAAAGAUCAUGAAGAAUUGGAUGGUGGGAUAAGGAUUAGUGGAGAUGCCAGCGAGGAAGUGGAGGGUCCUACUCCAGGCAGUGAACCAGACAGAAGUUCAUCAGCAAGUCAGCAAUCACUUGCAGAUGCAAAUGAUGUAGAUGGGAUAAGUGAUGGAUCUGGUUCUGAGAUCUGCAGCUUCCACUCAGCUUCUGAGGUUCAGGAUAUGCUAACAGACAUUCAAAGGACCAUCGGACUAGAGCAAGAGAACAACAGGCUCGAGGAACAGAGAUGGACGACAGAGGAGGUAAGGAAACCAGAAUGGCAAGCUGAGAUCUGCCAAAAUCCAGAGGCUCAAGUUUGUCAACAGAAAGGUGGUCCUAAGGGUCUUCCAAGUACAGCUGACACUGAUGGCUGCGUCAAUGAAGACAACAUGGCAACUCACACCAAAGCACCAAGUAGCCAAGAUGCUUUGAAGAGCUCCUGUAGCAUUCAAGAUUCUUCAGGAACCGUUAGCCAAACAUCUAGUAGCUUCAGCAUUGAAGACACCUCAGCAGCUAGCACGUCAUUUGAGAGUGCAGAGGAACACCUUCAUGACGGUUCCUCUUUUUCAACUCCGACUGAAGAGUGUCCACAGGGCAUCGGUAUCCUGAGCCACCAUCUGAACGGUGGCUCAAUCAAGAGGCCCACAGAUCUUAAGCUUGAUUCUGGACCGAGAGUUAGGCAGGUGGCCUUCAUGCCACAGAAGAGCGUGAGCAGCUUGGAUCUCAGUACAGAACACGGUGAGGAAGACUGCCGACUCGAAGACCCAGCGCUAUGCAGUUCUUCUCAGAGAAAGAGGACGAGCAAGGGCACGGUGCUUACCCAGUCGCUCUCCGAAGGCACGCUGGACCAAAGCUCUAAACCUCGCAGAACUUCCAUCUCUGGAGUUAAACUCUACCCGAUCAUCCAGCCAUCCUACGUGAAGACCACUACGAGGCAGCUGUCCUCUCCUCUCCACUCGCCCUGCUCAACCGGUCGCAGACUGAGCCAACAGAUCUGCUCAGAUCAGGGGGCCAUCAGAGCUGAGCAGUGGAGGACCAGCAGGCAGCGCUCCUGUAGCAUCGCUGUUCCGGUGGGUCUUCACGAAAAUUGGUGUGGGCACGCCGAGCUUGGAGAAAGAGACUUUUCAACUCCCGAAGCCAUCCAGAACCUGAUCCAGGAUGUGUUCUUAGGUCGGGCUCUGUUAGAAAGAUGCGCCGGUGUUUGUGACCAUGAAGACUCAGAUGAAGCUGAGAGGUUCUGCUCCAGACUUCUGGCUCUCGGGAUCCUCCAGCCUUUCAGUCACUGUCCACAAAAUGCAACCACAGGAAGUGAUGUCAUCACCAAGCCAAGUUUUCAUAAGGAUCAGUGGUACACAUGGGCUCCAUUAGGUCGGCCUGAGGCCUGGACAACAGGACCAUUACAGACCCCGUGGCCCCCGGCUUCCAGUACAGACCUGAUUGACUCUGAGGGACGCGCUCGAUCCAUCCAGAAGCUGCAGAGAACCAUCGCGGAGUCACAUCAGGAGAUCUAUCAGCUGGAGAAAAACCUCGGGCCCUCGAUCGUCUCAGAGAAAAUACCGACUGAAAACGUUCCUGACAGAUCAGCUCUCGAUCCUGGACGUUUAUCUUCUAAGAGAAAUGAACUGACGCCGCUAUACGAAGCUCGAUCGGUCCAGACGUCUCCUGCUGAGGAGGCCUUUAGGUUCCCGGUGCCUUUAUCUGACCAAUCACAGCCUCUUAAAUUCACUGAUCGUGCCACCUCACCUAUAGCGCCGCCCGAUAUCCCACAGGGUGCUACACCUCCUCCAGCGUCAGAACCCUCACCACCAGUACCACAAACACCAUCUUCACACACCCUUCCUUGCUCCACACCUCUUCCUUGCUCUGGACCUCCACCACCACCACCCCUUUCAGGCUUUGAACCUCCACCCCCACCACCUCUACCAAACUCUGGACCUCCACCACCUCAUCCAGGCUUCAGGCAUCCACCGCCGCCACCACCUCUUCCAGAUUCUGGACCUCCAGCAUCACCUUUUCCAGGCUCUGGACCUCCACCCCCACCACCUCUACCAGGCUCUGGACUUCCACCGCCACCACCUCUUCCAGGUUCUGCACCUCCACCUGCACCACCUCUACCAGGUUCUGGACCUCCACCCCCACCACCUCUUCCAGGCUCUGGACCUCCACCUCCACCACCUCUACCAGGUUCUGGACCUCCACCACCACCACCUCUUCCAGGUUCUGGACCUCCACCGCCACCACCCCUUCCAGGAUCUGGACCUCCACCUCCGCCACCCCUUCCAGGAUCUGGACCUCCACCUCCGCCACCCCUUCCAGGCUCUGGACCUCCACCUCCACCACCUCUACCAGGCUCUGGACUUCCACCACCACCACCUCUUCCAGGCUCUGGACCUCCACCUCCACCCCCAGGACCUGGAAGUCUUCUGCCACCUCCUAUUGGUUUGAUGUCAGUGAGCCCAGGCCUGGAUUCUGUCCCCACAAAAGCAGUUAUUGAGCCUCCACGACCAAUGAAGCCUCUGUACUGGACCAGGAUACAGCUGCAUGUGAAAAAAGAACCAAACACACACCUGAUCUGGGAGUCUGUGGAGGAGCCUCAAGUGGACUUUGACGAAUUUGUUAAGCUGUUUUCCAAAAGUGUGGUGGAAGAGAAGAAGAAGAGGCCAAUCUCAGAUACCAUCAGCAAAUCCAAGUCCAAACAGGUGGUGAAGGUGCUGAGUAAUAAACGCUCUCAGGCUGUCGGGAUUCUCAUGUCCAGCCUGCACUUAGACAUGAAGGACAUCCAGCACGCCGUCCUGAACAUGGACAGUGGCGUGGUGGAUCUUGAGACCCUCCAGGCUCUGUACGAGAACAGAGCACAAAAAGACGAGAUGGACCAGAUCAGGAGAAACGUCCAGUCCAACCAGGACCAGAACAGACCGCUGGAUAAACCUGAACAGUUCCUGCUGCAGCUGGCGGACGUUCCUCAGUUCUCUGAGCGAGUUCUCUGUGUUCUGGUUCGAUCCUCCUACAGUGAGAGUUUGAUCUCAGUGCAGAAGAAGAUCAAACUGCUGCAGAGAGUCUGUACGGCUCUGAGCUCCAGUAAACGUGUGCUGCAGGUUCUCGGCCUGGUUCUCACCUUCGGAAACUACAUGAACGGAGGGAACAGGAGUCGAGGACAAGCGGACGGUUUCACCCUCGACAUCCUGCCCAAGCUGAAGGACGUCAAGAGCGCUGACAGCUCGCGGAGCCUCCUGUCCUUCAUGGUGGCGUACUAUCUGCGACACUUUGAUGAGGAUGCCGGGAUGGAGACCUGCUCGUACCCUCUCCCGGAGCCACAGGAUCUUUUCCAGGUGUCGCAGAUGAAGUUUGAGGAUUUUCAGCGCGACCUGUCCAAGUUACGCAAAGAUCUAAACGCCUGCUCGACCGCCGUGGAAAACGUCUGUGCUGUUUCGUCGGAGGAACAUUUGCAGCCCUUUAAAGAUAAAAUGGAGCAGUUCAUCACGCAGGCCAGGACAGAGCUGGACGAUCAGGAGAAACAUCUGGCUGACACAAAGAAAAGCUUUCUGGAGCUGAGUGGGAUUUUCUCGGUGAAGCCUAAAGGAGGAGAGAAAGAAGUUUCCCCGAACACGUUCUUCUCCGUGUGGCAGGAGUUCUCCUCCGAUUUUAAAGACGUGUGGAAGAAAGAGAACAAGCGUCUCCUGAAGGAACGGCUGAAAGCGGUCGAAGAGACGAUCAAACAGACUCGAGAGAAAUCGUCCCUCAACAUCAAACCUAAGAACGCUUCUGGAAUCAAAGCCAAACUGGGCCAGAAGAUCUGAAGAUCGGUGCUGGUGAACAGUCCUGUCAUCCAACUCUCCAGCUUCUAUUCACACUGAGCUUAGGGUGGCCACAUUCAUAGCCACAAAAAGGAGGACGUUACACCCAAAAGGAGGACGUCAUACCAGGAACAGGGGGACAUGAUACUGCAACACACAGAAUGAAACCAGAACCCAUAUAACAGAGUUUUUGACCAAUUUAAGCAAGAAUUCUACAACAAAUUACUGUUUUACUCACUAAUUGUUGUGUCUACUUUUGAUAUUUAAGUCCGUUCCUCGCUGCCUCCAAAAGUUUACUUUUUGGCAUUUUCACAGCGUUCCUGAGCAUGAGAGCUGAGUAACUGACUCUAUUAGAGGUGUAUACAGACCAGAGCGAGCGGGCGAAAUUCAACCACCCAAUCACAGACUAGCAUUUAGAGGGCGGACCUUCUGCGAUUGGCCAGUGGUAGCUCUAUAAGCAGUCAAAUGAGGCUGUUAAACCAAUGAAAUACAAAGCAUUUGUUUUGAUGUGUACCCGAGCCAAUGACAGAUAAUAUUGAUCAAAAAUGAAACCAGUUCAUUCCAAAAGGAGGAUUUUUAAGUGUCCGUCCUAGCGUUGCGUGAAUGGAGGACUGGCAGCUGAAAAGCGGGACUGUCCGGCCUAAAACCGGACGGCUGGCCACCCUAACUGAGCUGCUAACAGGAUUUAGCAGUUAGCCUGUAACUUGUAACUGUAGCUCUUCUAUAUAAAUAAAGCAGCAAAGACUGUUUAUACAAUUUCAUUUAUUAGUUGUAAAUAAAUCAGUUCUGCUGUUUGCUGUUU